GAAACAAAAUACUCUAGCCCUGGUCCCAUUCUGUGGUAGGCAAGCUACAAUUUUGUUCCCUUGUUCAGAACAGGGGCGGCAUUCAAUUGCCUCCUUCCUCCUUUCCCCAUCUCCUCUCCUUGCUCUCCCGAAGCAGCAAGCCAGCCUGGUUCCCCCAACAGGCCAACACCCGCAGCCAUCACCUCCUCUCCCCAAUCCGGCAAUCACCCACUAUGAAUCUGCUUCCCCAAGAAGCCACCGCUCCCAAUCCCUCCUAACCACCCCGCACAUCUCCGCCAGCAAUGGAAACAGGCCGAGAUGGGUUCUUUGGUGCGGCGGAAAGGGCAUCGCCGCCGCCGCCCUCUUGCUCGUUUCUUGGAUCCGCCGCCGCCACCACCGGCUCCGGUGGAGCGCAGAUGCUGAGCUUCUCCUCCAGUGGCGCAGCAGGGUUGGGCCUGAGCUCAGGGGCUAGCAAGAUGCAGGGGGUGUUGUCGAGGGUGAGGGGGCCAUUCACUCCGACGCAGUGGAUGGAGCUGGAGCACCAGGCCCUGAUCUACAAGCACUUUGCUGUAAAUGCUCCCGUGCCGUCCAGCUUGCUCCUUCCCAUCAGAAGAAGUAUCAAUCCGUGGAGUGGUCUUGGCUCCAGCUCAUUAAUAUGGACACCAUUUCGUCCUGGUUCUGGUGAUGCUGAACCAGGAAGAUGCCGUCGUACUGAUGGCAAGAAGUGGCGGUGCUCGAGAGAUGCUGUUGGUGACCAAAAGUACUGCGAGCGACACAUAAAACGCAAUUGCCACCGUUCAAGAAAGCAUGUGGAAAGCCGAAAGGCGACACCCACCAUUGCAGAACCAUCCCUGGCUGUUUCUGGUGGACCAUCAUUACACAGUUAUGCUGUGCCUUGGCAGCAGCAGGUGAAAAGCUCAGCUGCUAAUGUGACUGAUCCUUUCUCAAGAGAAUCUAACAGGAAGUUGCUGGAGAAACAGAAUGUACACAGCCAGUUAUCAGUAUCCACUCCCAUGGAUUCCUUCGACUUUUCAACCUCAGGUUCUUCCCAGAACCGUGACAUAGUAGCAUUAUCACCAGUGGAGUUUCAGCAUGAUCAUGAUCAGGCAUACCUUGUGCACGGAGUAGGCAGUUCAGCAGAAAAUGAUAAUGAUUUGCAGGAAAGUCUCUUACUAGUCUCCAGGGAAACACUUGAUGAUGGGCCUCUAGGUGAGGUUUUCAAAAGCAAAAGUUGCCAAUCAGCAUAUACAGACAUCUUAACUGACCAAUGGACUGCAACCCAUGAUAUGCAUUCCCCAACUGGAAUCCUACAACUGUCUAAUAGCAACACAAUGCCAGUAGAGAACCACAUAAAUAGCAAUGACUAUCUUAUGGCAACAAUGGUGAAUGCUCAGACUGUCCCAACAUUCCUUUAAGUGUUCAUCAGGCCUGUCUUGUCGGAACCAUAAAUAACUGAAACUGUGUUCAUUGCAUGAGUCUGCUGAUACUAGGUUUCCAGUCUUGUCUUCUAGUACUCCUGUUUUAGUUGUUACAUGUUCAAGUUAUGCUGCCUUUUCUUUUCAGUUCAGGUGUACUAAUAAUUAGUCUUCUUUUGCCCUGUAAAGAAUUUGAAUUCCAAUCUGAGAUUGGGAUUUAUGUUGGUUGCCUAACAUGGAGUCAUUAUGCAA